CACGCUGCUAGCUUUGCCUAUAUAAUACUAGUUGCCUCUCAACUAUCUAUAACACUUAUCCUAUACAUACAUACACAUUGUCCCUCUUGGUUCGAGACAAAGACAAAGCCACAAUGAUCUACAAGACAUCCUUAUUGUUGUUGGCUUUCAUGGCCACAACUUCAUUUGCUUCAAUACAAAAACAAACAUAUGUAGUUCACAUGGACAAGACCAAAGUCACUGCCUUAGACACUUCCCUUGGCAGUUCCAAAACAUGGUAUGAAUCAAUCAUGGACUCCAUCACCAAAUUCUCUACUCAAGAAGAAGAACAACAAGAAACAUCAUCUCCUCAACUCCUCUAUGUCUACCAAACUGCAAUAUCUGGUUUUGCUGCGAAACUCUCCAUUGACCAGCUUGAAUCAUUGAAAAAAAUUGAUGGUUUCCUCUCUGCCAUGCCCGAUGAAAUGCUUACCCUCCACACUACACGCUCACCUCAAUUUCUCGGCCUAAAAAGCGGCAGAGGACUCUGGAAUGCUCCAAACUUGGCUUCAGACGUAAUAAUUGGCGUCAUAGAUACUGGAAUAUGGCCUGAACACGUUAGUUUCCGUGACUCUGGCAUGUCUCAAGUGCCUUCACGAUGGAAAGGUGUGUGCGAGGGAGGGACAAAGUUUACGCCUUCCAAUUGUAAUAGGAAGCUAAUUGGUGCAAGAGCACUUUUCAAAGGGUAUGAGGCCGUUUAUGGGAGAAUCAAUGAAACAGUGGAGUACCGAUCAGCUCGUGAUUCGGAAGGUCAUGGAACACACACUGCUUCAACUGCAGCAGGCAAUCUCAUACCCGAAGCAAGCUUUUUAGGCUUGGCGAAAGGCUCAGCUGGUGGCAUGAGGUACACAGCAAGAAUUGCAGCAUAUAAAGCUUGUUGGACGUUGGGUUGUUCCAACUCUGACAUAUUGGCUGCCAUAGACCAGGCAGUCUUCGAUGGAGUCGAUGUCUUGUCACUCUCUUUAGGAGGUGUGUCAAGGCCUUAUCAUAGCGAUAACAUGGCAAUAGCUUCAUUUGGUGCAAUCCAAAAUGGAGUUUUUGUCUCCUGCUCAGCAGGCAAUUCAGGCCCUUCCAGUUCAUCUGUCAGCAACAUUGCACCAUGGAUCAUGACAGUCGCAGCAAGCUAUCUUGACAGGAGUUUCCCAACCAUAGUCAAGCUUGGCAAUGGAGAGAGUUUCAAAGGGGCUUCAUUGUACUUUGGCAAGCCUGUCAAGCAAUUGCCACUUGUGUAUGGUGAAACAGCUGGUGGGCAAGGUGCUGACUAUUGUACCGAUGGUUCACUCUCAUUAGAGCUUGUGAAAGGGAAGAUUGUUGUUUGCGAGCGUGGAAUCAAUAGUCGGGUUGGCAAGGGAGAGCAAGUAAAGAUGGCAGGAGGGGCUGGAAUGCUGCUAAUCAACACUGACAAUGAAGGUGAAGAGCUUUUCGCUGAUCCACACAUUUUACCAGCCACUUCUUUAGGGGUUUCAGCUGCUAUUGCAAUCAAAAACUAUGUCAGCACAACAAAGAAUCCAAUGGCUUCAAUUCUAUUUGAAGGAACUAUUUAUGGUGGCGAUCCUGCACCAUUGAUGGCAGCAUUCUCUUCAAGGGGGCCAAGUUCAGUAGGACCAGACGUGAUCAAACCUGAUGUCACUGCACCGGGGGUGAACAUACUAGCUGCAUGGCCACCCAAUGUCAGUCCAACCCGGCUUAGCGGUGAUAAAAGAAGCGUUGAGUUUAACAUAAUCUCGGGCACUUCAAUGUCUUGCCCUCAUGUUAGUGGCUUAGCUGCCUUGCUUAAGUCUGUCCACAAAGAUUGGUCACCGGCUGCUAUCAAGUCAGCAUUGAUGACAACUGCCUACACCCUUGACGACAAUAAGGCCCCAAUAAGUGAUGCUAGUUCGGGUGGCUCAAAAUUAGCUACCCCUUUUGUAUAUGGCUCAGGCCAUGUCGAUCCUGAGAGGGCAGCCAAUCCAGGGUUGAUAUACGAUAUCACCACUGCAGACUACCUAAAUUAUUUGUGUAGUCUGAACUACACCUCCUCUCAAAUAGCUCUUCUGUCAAGAGGGGACUUUGUUUGCCCUACCAAUGUAGAUCUUCAGCCUGGUGACUUGAACUACCCUUCUUUUGCUGUGCUUUUCAAUGCCAAUGAGCAAAACAUCACAGUGACAUUCAAACGAACUGUGACAAAUGUUGGGAAGCCAAUGAGUACUUACUCAGUGCAAGUGAAUGAACCCAUUGGAGUAUCAGUAAUGAUUGAGCCUAGAGUUCUGAAUUUUAAGAAGGUUGGUCAGAAAUUGAGUUACAAAGUGCGUUUUGUUGGAUUAGGGGGGUCAACAGGUUCAACCACUUCAUCAUUUGGAUCUCUUGUUUGGGUGUCUGGAAAAUAUACCGUUGGAAGUCCCAUUGCAGUCACUUGGCAAUAGUUAACAUAGUAUUGUUGCAUCCAAAACUUGGGUACAUUUCAAGAAGACAAAGAAAUCUCAGUGCACCAAUAUAGUGAUGAUACGUGAUGGUAAGUAAAAUUGAAAUAAAAAUUUGAUCAUCACAUCUUACUAGCUUUAGUUAUGAAAAUGAGGGAUGUGAUGUAGGAUGGGGCUAAUGGCCUAAGAUCCAAUUGUUCAAAUAUCAUUUUCUCAUGACUCACUGUAUUAUCCUCCUUUGAGAAAGAAUAAAGUCUCUUGCAGAAGUUAUAUAUUAUUCAGUUUUUCUUA